AGCUACCCAAUUUCAACUCGAUCGAACCACACGACUUCUCAAGCAAAAUCCAGUGGCAGUGAAUGGAAGAUGGAAAAAUUGAUUUGUUUAUGUGGCAUGGUGGUAAGUUUGUGGAUGAACCUGUCUUAUGCUAUGUUGGUGGUAAAAAACAUUAAUUUACAGAGAUUGAUAUAGACCUAAUGAGUCCAUUUGAGCUGAAAUACUUGUAUGAGGGAAUUGAGGGCAAUAUUAUUCCUGUUAGUUUCUUCUUCAAUGCUCCGGAGAAGAAGCCGUCAGAUGGGUUAAUGGAGAUUAAAUGUGACUCAGAUAUGUCCGAACUCCGAAGAAAUGCCAGAUCGAAAAUAGAUUGAGAAGGGGACUUUGGAUGAAGCCAGAAUAUGAAUCAGGGGAGGUUAUUUUUGAGAAUUCCAAAGGCCCUGUGCAAAUCACAGUCGCAAUUCCGGUGCGUGGGAGAAACGCACGUCUGAUCUACGAUUAGAGGACCACAGCUGCAACGAUUUCCAUAUUAGAGGGGUGAUUGCUGCACUUUUAAAACUUUAGGGGUAAAUCGUGCACUUUUGAAGAAGUUCGGGGGUAAUCCGUGCACUUUUCUCCUUAAUAUUCAGUCCGGUUCUGUCAAUGUUUUUGUCCUACAAAGAGAUUUCGAGUACUCCCUCCGUCCGCCAAAGAUCUUCUCAUUGCGCGUUACGAGGUUUGACUGACUUUAUUUUCAAUUCAAUUUGUUUGAUUUUAAGGAUAAAAUUUAAAAAUAAAAAUUACAUGGUAAAAAAGUACGUGAAAAAUUCUACAAAAUUACAGGUGACAAGUUUAUUUUAUGAAAUGAGUAGUAAAAAUAAGCAAACAAAGUGAGCUAAGUUUGACCAUGUGAAUAGUGUCUGGGAAGAUCUAUGGUGGACAGAUGGAGUAUUACCCAAGGAUUUGUACUCUAGAGUACAUCGUAGGGUGCACUAACAUUUUGUGUUUGUGUAAUGUUAAUUUUUUUAACGCACCAGUACUUUAUGUUAAUAAUUUGAAGAAGAGGGGGAAGGGAGAUGAAACGGAGAAGACUAGCAAAUUUGAAGAGGACGCCCCAGGAAAAAAGACAUGGCAGAAGUGACAGAUGAGGAACGGAUAAGGCCAAGCCGCUAAUACUUUUUCUCGAUGAACCUAUGCAGUACUUGUGCUACCCUUCUCUGCUCAUGGAUGCAUUCAGAUUCUGCCGCCAUCCGUGAACUUCCCACUUCGCAGCAGCCGGCGGCUUUGUUCCCCUACUUUCACUGUGUUCAUCAGCAAGAUUCUCUACUUCACCUGGAUCUCAUCCUAUGACGACCAGCAACUUCAUCAAUUAUUUACAAAGUAUGAUUUAAGUAUUCCCGCUCAAAAUUUUGGCCGGGUCACUGACAAAGGGGCCUAACGGGUGGAGAGCCUGGAAAAUGAGGCGAGUAGAAAGCUUACGCCUAACGGGUGGAGAGCCUGUGAACUUGGAGCAAACCAGCCCAAUGCUGCAUUACUCGCCACUAAAGUGGUUAUGUUCAUGGCCAUUGCACAAGGGUUUCUGAUCGCUGCAAUCACGGUUUCGUUGCGUAGCCUUUGGGGGCAUGUGUAUACGAAAGAUAUAGACGUAAUCAGACGCAUAGCCUCGUUGAUGCCGGUCCUUGCUCUGUCCAGUUUCUGGGAUGGUAUCCAAAGCGUGCUCUCAGGCAUAGCUAGAGGGAGUGGGUGGCAAAAAAGUGGUUCAGUGAUCAACUUUGCUGCAUACUACAUACUUGGCAUUCCCUUAGCAAUUGUCCUUGGAUUUGUUUUGCAUCUCAAAAGCAUGGGUCUAUGGCUUGGCCUCAUCUCUGCAUUGGCAGUACAAGCUAUUAACUUUACUAUAUUGACAAUGCGCACGAAUUGGGAACACGAGGCUAUGCAGGCUGCAAUUAGAAUCCAAAAACAAAUGAUUGUCACGGAAGGCUCCAGGGAUGUUGUAGAAGCUCUAGAAAGAGAAAAGGCUUAGGCACUUGAAGUACCCGAGUUUCAAAUGAACUUGGAGCAAACCAGCCCAACGCCGCAUUACUAGCCAUACAAGAAAUUAUGGUAGCUGUAAUCUUGGUUUCGUUGCGCAGCCUUUGGAGUCAUGUCUUUACGAAAGAUACAGAUGUAAUCAGACGCAUAGCCUCGUUGAUGCCACUCCUUGCACUGUCCAAUUUCCUUAAUGGUAUCCAAAGCGUGCUCUCAGGCAUUGCUAGAGGAAGUGGAUGGCAAAAAAUCGGCUCAAUAAUCAAUUUUGGUUCAUACUAUAUACUAGGUGUUCCAUGUACGGUUGUUCUUGGUUUUGUUUUACACCUAAGGAGGAAGGGUCUAUGACUUGGUGUUGUAUCUGCAUUUGCAGUACAAGUCAUUAGUUUUCUUAUAUAGACAAUUCACACUAAUUGGGAAUAAGAGGCUAAGAAGGCUGUCAUUUGAGCUCAAAACCAAAGGGUUGUGGAAGGCUCAAAUGAUGUUCUCAUAGAGAAUCUAGUUUCAUUAGUAUGUCAUAAGAUUGCAAAGAAGAUUGAUUGAAUCGAACAGAGUGAGCUAGUAUAUGCGUGAAUGAGUAAUAUUUUAUACUUCGCAUUAAAUAAAAUAAGCACGUCAUCCUUUGUUUUGUAGAACUUUUGAUGUAGUUUUUAAAUGUCAAAUCCACAGUCCACACACGCCAUAGAACACAACUCCACUUUUCUCGCCUGCAAAAGAAAUACUUCGUAUCAAACACAACCCAUUCAUCCGAAUAGUCUGACAAAACGCAGGGCUUUCUCAUCGGCAUAGCCACAGCGCCACUGGAAAACUUCUGAUGGAAGAAGAUUAGAUUUUUUGGAGACACGCUGGUGAAGGGCUUUCUCAUCGGCAGUCGGCACGCAGUCGUCCACUC